CAAUACACAGUAAAAAUGACUGGUCGUGGUAAAGGAGGAAAAGGACUAGGAAAGGGAGGCGCCAAGCGUCAUCGCAAAGUUCUUCGUGAUAACAUCCAGGGUAUUACCAAGCCCGCUAUUCGUCGGUUGGCUCGUCGUGGAGGUGUCAAGCGUAUUUCGGGUCUAAUCUAUGAGGAAACUCGUGGUGUGCUGAAGGUUUUCCUGGAAAACGUCAUUCGAGAUGCUGUCACUUACACUGAACACGCUAAGCGCAAGACCGUCACCGCCAUGGAUGUCGUCUAUGCACUGAAACGUCAGGGACGCACUCUGUACGGAUUUGGAGGUUAAAUAAUUCGAACUACACAACAAAAAGGCCUUUUUCAAGGCCACAACAUAAUAAAU